CUAGACGAUUGAAAACUAUCAGAAAAAUAUCGAAAAUAAUAAUCAAAAUAUUGUGUACACUUAAAAACAAAAAAUAUAUACUUAUGAUCGUGAACAGCCUUUUGAUCAAAACAUUGCAGGCGGCAACGCUUUCAGGUAAUUGCACUUACUUAGCUAGAAAUAUGUCCGGGGUUGUGGAAAAUACAAUCAGGAAUAAGCUACAAACAUCUUUAGGAACCAAGCACCUCGAAAUUAUCAAUGAGUCGUACAUGCACAACGUGCCGAAAGGCGCGGAGACACAUUUCAAAGUUGUUGUAGUGUCUGAUAAAUUCGAUGGAUUACCGCUGAUAAAGCGCCAUAGACUAGUGAAUGACAUAUUGAAGGAGGAGUUGCAGACUGGUGUCCAUGCUCUGUCCAUAGUAGCAAAAACUCCAGAGCAAUGGGACAGCAGCGACAAGGUGGUUGAGAGCAGCCCUAACUGUAGAGGAGGAUUUGGAAAAUAAUUAUAGUCUUCCUUAUAGUUAUAAACAAUAAUUAUUGUUAAAAUAUUAUGUAGUUAUUUCCAAAUAAAUUAACAAAAAUUGUAAAACAAAA